AUGGAGAUCCCCUCUACAGUCAAACAGCCAGACCAAGAGGAUCCCAGGAAGGAGAGGACAGACGGAGAGCCGGGUGAGAACGAGGAAGAAGAAGAGAGACCACAGGUGAUGGAAAAUGGAACACAAGAUGAACGCAAGCAGUGGUUUCCUAACCCUAACGUGGUGUCCGACUGUAAGCAGAUGGCCAGGGAGUCCAGUGUUUCCUACACCCUGGGGAAGGAGUUUUUCCUUAUCGCUGGUCAUGAAAUCUGCAUUAGAGAGUCUCUGGACUCCUAUGGCGCCCUUGUCUGGCCAGGGGCGGUGGCUCUAAGUCAGUUCCUGGAGAAUAACCGGCAGCAGGUGAAUCUCCUGGAUAAAGCGGUACUGGAGAUUGGAGCAGGGACAGGCUUACUGUCUAUUGUGGCUAGUCUACUGGGUGCCUGGGUAACAGCCACCGACCUACCCGAAAUCCUUCCCAACCUGACCUUUAACCUCUCUUGGAACUCUAAGGGCCGCUGCCGCUACACGCCCCAGGUGACUGCCCUCACCUGGGGUCACGACCUUGAGAAAGACUUCCCCAGCACUUCCUGUCACUAUGACUACGUGCUGGCAGCCGAUGUAGUGUAUCACCACAACUACCUGGAGGAGCUGCUGGCGACCAUGCACCACUUCUGCAAACCAGGAAGUGGCACCACGCUGAUGUGGGCCAAUAAGGUGAGGUUCCAGUCAGACCUGAAGUUCACAGAGAGAUUUAAGAGUUGUUUUGAUACAACAUUGAUGACAGAGCAAAAGGAGGGGGACGUGAUGAUCUUCAAGGCCACGGCACGAGAGUGA